AUGCAGCCUGACAUCCAUGAUCCACCUCCAAAUCCAUCAAAACACAUAAAGCUACAUGGAAGAGCAUUCUAUGAGAGUGUAGGCAGUCCAAAAAUGGUUCUAGCGCCUAUGGUGGAUCAGUCGGAAUUCGCAUGGCGUAUGCUAACCCGCUCCUUCCUCCCACCGACCUCCUCAACCACCAACCCGCCUCUCCUAGCAUACACACCCAUGUUCCACUCGCGCCUCUUCGCUGACACGCCCAAGUACCGCGAACAACACUUCCAACCCCUCAGCCUCAAAACAGCCAUCCCUGAAUCCCCACCCCACCUCGACGGCAAUCCCUCUAUGGACCGGCCCCUGUUCGUCCAAUUCUGCGCCAACGACCCCGACGAGCUGCUCCAGGCCGCCCAACACGUCGCCCCCUUCUGCGACGCCGUAGACCUGAACCUCGGCUGCCCACAAGGCAUUGCGCGGCGCGGGCACUAUGGCGCCUUCCUGCAAGAAGACUGGGACCUGAUCGCGCGCAUGAUUCGAAAACUACACGACUCCCUCGACGUGCCGGUGACCGCGAAAAUGCGCAUCCUUGAAACGCCUGAGAAGACGCUCGCGUACGCGAAGACGAUCUUGGACGCAGGCGCGAGUAUCAUAACCGUUCAUGGGCGGCGGCGGGAGCAGAAGGGGCAUAAUACGGGUUUGGCGGAUUGGGGAGCGAUUCGGCAUUUGCGGGAGAAUUUGCCCGCUGAGACGGUAAUUUUCGCGAAUGGGAACGUUUUGAGCCAUGAAGAUUUAGGGGAGUGCUUGAGGGAGACCGGGGCGGAUGCGGUGAUGAGUGCGGAGGGGAACUUGCAUGAUCCCACUAUCUUCGCGGCGGAGGUGCCUGUGGGGGAAGAGGGAAGAGAGUACUGGAGAGGAAGAGAUGGGAAUGGCGGAUGGAGGGUGGAUGCGGUGUUAAGGCGGUACAUGGAUAUCAUACAUCGAUAUGUCCUGGGCGUCGACCCUCCAACACGGGGGCCCAUGUUCAUAACAGCGGACUACGUACCCGAAGCUGCCCCUGAGAAUGGGGCGGCUGACCUUCACAUCACUCCAGCAGACGAGUCCCCCGAGCGCCCAGCCAAGCGCCAGAAACUCUCCAAGAAACAAAAGAAGGAACUAGCAAAGAAGGGCGAGCGCAAGAAAUUCGAGAACGCGAACAACGCAAAUAUGACCGCUAUGCAGCCGCAUCUCUUCCACCUCCUCAGGCCGCUAAUCACGAAACACCACAACGUCCGCGACGCGUUGGCGCGUAGCCGUGCGGGUGAUGUCGAAGCCUACGAAAACGUGCUCGCGCUUGUUGAGGAAGCUGUGAAACAGGGACUGUUGGAGUAUGAGAGGGAGCAGGGCGGGAAAGAGAAAGUGCAGGAGAAGAGGACAGUCGAGAAGAAAGAGGAGGCGGGGGAGAAGAUUAAUGGACGGCCAAAGAAGUUGGACCCCUACGAAUCCUCGCUUCUAGCGGUGGAACGUUGCAAACGCCCUUGGUGGAUCUGCCAGCCGUAUGUUAGGCCCCUGCCGAACGAAGCGCUGGAAAAGGGGGCGAUGACGUUGAGUAAGAAGGAGAGGAUGGCGCUUGAGAAGGUGGAGAAAGAGGUGAAGGAUGCUGGGCUAGAGCCUGAGGGUAGGAUUGAGAAGGAAGAGAUUGGUAACGGGCGAGAGCGGGAGGAGGUUGAGGUGCCUAGGGAGGGUGUGGUAUGUGGGUAA